AAAACAAUAUGGCGGAAUCUAAAAACAACAUGAAGGGAUCGGAGUUCCCGAACUCGCCAAAAGUUGAGCUUAUUGAGUUUUUCCGCCCUUACAAAAGCGAAGUCAAUCUUUAUGUCACCAACAUAUCAAGACGACUUGAGAAAGAAGUAGUGCAGGUGAGGCUGUUAGACAUAUUCUCCCAGUUCGGUUUAAUAUACGAAGUACAAGUGAUGGACUCAUCAGAUAAUUCAGAAGCUUCAGAGGAAAUCAAUUCAAACUGCGGUUCUUCAUAUGCAUUUGUCAAGUUCUAUUCAGCAAGAGCAGCAAGAAGGGCCAAGGAAAACAUACACGGAAAGUGGAUUCUAGGAGGGCUGUUUUUGAAGGUUCGAUUUGCUCAACGAAAAAAGUUCACAGAGGUUCGACGACCAUUGUACAUGGCAAAGUGUACAGUGCUGGCUAAUUACUAUUUAGGAUUCAAUGGUUGGUCAACUCGGAUAACGCAGUUGGAUAGACUUGAGAAUAGGUCUGAAGCUGGAGAUAGCCAGGAAAGGACAAAUGCUGUUUAUAGAUGUGUGGUAAGGCUGGAGAUAAAAGAUUGUGAAUUCUUCUGUGAAGGUACUGGAUAUGGUGGAGAUAAAAACAUACUGGAACAAGGUUAGAAUUGAAGAGCGUAGUGGGUGGCUAAGUGAAACCGGUUGGGUCUGCUAAAGAAAUUUUUAUAUC